CAUAUUUCCUCAUGUGGUAAUAAUGUCCAUGUCACUAUAAAAGCAGCAUGGAGAGAUGCAAGAGUGCGUUUCUCAAGACUGUUCAGUCAUGGAGGGCAAAAUCUUGCUUGCAGCAACAGUACUCAUCGUGUCACAGCUCUGCUGGGGACCCAGUGUGUGUGCAGCACCCACCAGUUCCUGCAAGUCCAAGGCUAAUGGCAACUAUGCAGAUCCCAGCAACUCCAGCACUUACAUUGCAUGCUCUAAUGGAAAUACAUUCAUCAUGCCCUGUCCUGCAUCUCUGAUCUUCAAUGAACCAGCAAAUAUGUGUGUCUAUGUAAAUGGUUAUCCUGCCGUAACACCAGGUUUGUAUAAAAAGUCACAAUAAUCUAGAAGUUCUUCU